AGGAAACACCCACCUCACUCCCCGUUGGUCUUUUCUAGAAUCAACCAAUCGGUAUCCAGGUAGCAUAGUCAGGUGACCUACCUGCUUUGCCCCUCCCUCGUCUUUACUAGCCAAUGCUCACGCUAAAGCAUGAGAAAUCCAAUCAGAUUGCCCGGCCUCUGAGCUGUUGUAUGGAAGAGCAGGGUUCCCAUUGCUUAGGACCUGGGAGCCGGGGAGGAAGAGCGAAAAACAUUGGCCAAUCUACCUCGGGGCUGUUUCAUUAUGGAUGGAGGAGAUGAUGGUAAUCUUGUUAUCAAAAAGAGAUUUGUAUCUGAAACGGAAUUAGAUGAACGGCGCAAAAAGAGACAGGAAGAAUGGGAAAAAGUUCGAAAACCUGAGGAUCCAGAAGAAUGCCCUGAGGAGGUAUAUGAUCCUCGCUCCCUAUUUGAAAGACUUCAGGAACAAAAAGACAAGAAGCAGCAAGAAUAUGAGGAACAAUUCAAAUUCAAAAAUAUGGUAAGAGGCUUAAAUGAAGAUGAGACAAACUUUCUUGAUGAGGUUUCUCGGCAGCAAGAGCUAAUAGAAAAACAGCGGAGGGAAGAAGAACUGAAAGAACUGAAGGAAUACAGAAGCACUCUUGCUAAAGUUGGAGUAUCUUCAGAUACCAAAAAGGAAGGGGAGAAGAAAUUGUCUGUGAAGCCAUUAGAAACCAAGAACAAAUUUUCUCAGGCGAAGCUGCUGGCAGGAGCUGUGAAACACAAAAGUUCAGAGGGCAGCAACAAUGUGAAAAGGCUAAAGCUUGACAGUGAGCAAGAUGAUCAGAAUCAAGAUACUCCAUCAUGUGUGCCACUGGGAAGCAGUUCCUUGAGUGGUUCUACCAUUCACUGCCCCUCUGCUGCUGUCUGCAUUGGAAUCCUUCCAGGCCUGGGGGCUUACUCUGGAAGCAGUGACUCUGAGUCCAGCUCAGACAGUGAAGGCACCAUUAACUCCACUGGAAAGAUUGUGUCGUCGGUUUUCCGCACCAACACUUUCCUUGAGGCUCCGUAAUUCCUUCUGCCCAUGAUUCCAUUGCAGGAGGCUCCUCCCCCAUGGGGUGGUCUGGACACUUCAUUUUGCCAUUGGGCAUUACCUUCCUUGAAAACCUCCUUUGCCUGCUUCCUGUGCACACAGCUACAUCUUUAACCUAGUCUAAGAAUCUGCUAGAAUCCAUAUUGGGAGCUAGAUGUUUUGUUUUUGUUUCAUACUCUUGGUACAGGGGACUGUACCUGUUGUGCUGUCUUUUCACUACUUGGCUGGGUAUGGGGCAGGGCAAGUGAGAAACCUGCCGAGAGUGUCUCCUGGAACAGAAAACAUCUGCUGGUUUUCAGAGGGCUUGAUUAUUUUUUCCCUCCCCAGCAGAUCUAAGGCAAAGACAGUUAUUGGACAGCUAUUGUUUGAAUGUUCUGUUACGGCCAAUUUUAAAGCAUCGUUUUGUUACACUGCAUUUUGGAGUGUGUGGGGGAAGAGCACUGAUCCAGGUGGUAAAAUGGAACACUCUCCUGACACUAACCAAUUCCUGAUGUCGUGUAACUAAAUAAAAGAUUCUAAAUUCA